GGUUGCCGCUCGCCUGUGCCCCCCUGCUGGACAAUCGUCUUCCCGAAAAUUCAAGAACUCGAUAGGUUCGAUUUCCAGCUGAUCUCCUGACGAAGAAUACCGAGGCUUUGCGGUGAUUAGAAAGUGCGGUUCCAGUUCUUGACUUCAAGGUUCCGACUCUUCGGUUUCCCCAACAAUUAUCCCCCCCUCCCCGGCUCCGCGUCAGGUCCCGACCGAUCACGGCAGCCUCGCGAAAACGAAUCAAAACCGCACAGCCCUCUUACAGGGUAAACCGACAAGAUGGUUAGGGAGACGAAACUCUACGACGUCCUUGGCGUUUCGCCAAAUGCCACAGAACAGGAGUUGAAGAAGGCAUACAAGACAGGCGCCCUCAAGUUCCACCCUGACAAGAACCACAACAACCCAGCUGCUGAGCAAAAAUUCAAGGAAAUAAGCCAUGCGUACGAGAUCUUGAGCGACCCGCAGAAACGGCAGAUAUAUGAUCAAUAUGGCGAAGCAGGUCUGGAAGGCGGUGCUGGCGGUGGCGGCGGCAUGGCUGCUGAGGACCUCUUCGCCCAGUUCUUCGGCGGCAGUGGCCUUGGGGGUGGUUUUGGCGGCAUGUUCGGCGGGAUGAACCACCCGCGCGGCCCUGCAAAGGCCAAGACGAUCCACCACGUUCACCACGUCUCGCUUGAGGAUAUUUACCGCGGCAAGGUUUCCAAGCUGGCCCUUCAGCGCUCCAUCAUCUGCCCCAAGUGCGAGGGCCGCGGCGGCAAGGAAGGUGCUGUCCGGAAGUGCAGCGGAUGCGACGGCCACGGUAUGAAGACGAUGAUGCGGCAGAUGGGCCCCAUGAUUCAGCGCUUCCAGACAGUGUGCCCGGACUGCAACGGCGAGGGUGAGAUUGUCAGGGACAAGGAUCGUUGCAAGCAGUGCUUCGGCAAGAAGACGGUGGUCGACCGUAAGGUCCUCCACGUCCAUGUCGACCGUGGUGUCCGAAGCGGGACCAAGGUCGAGUUUCGCGGCGAGGGCGACCAAGCACCUGGCAUCCUGGCUGGUGACGUUGUCUUCCAAAUCGAACAGAAGCCCCAUCCUCGCUUCACCCGCAGGGAUGACGACCUCAUCUACCAGGCAGAGAUCGAUCUGGUCACUGCACUGGCUGGCGGUACCAUUUUUAUCGAGCACCUCGAUGAUCGGUGGUUGAGCGUCGAAAUUCUCCCCGGCGAGGCGAUUGCUCCUGGCACCGUGAAGAUGAUCCGCGGGCAAGGUAUGCCGGCCCCGCGCCAUCACACCUUCGGCAACAUGUACAUCCAGUUCUCUGUCAAGUUCCCCGAGAAGAACUGGACCAACGACCCGGUUGCAUUUGAGGCCCUCCGGAAGUUCCUCCCGUCUCCCGAUUUCGUCAACACACCUCCGGCCGAGGCCAUGACAGAGCCUGCCGAUCUGGAAGAUGUUGAUGCCUCCGCAAGAGGCUUCAACGGCGCCAUGGAGGAGGACGAAGAUCAAGAGCACGAGCACCAGGGUGGCGAGCGUGUGCAGUGCACAUCUCAGUAAACGAUGUAAACUGAACACCAGGCGCAAAUGCAUAUGGUAUAUUGUGUGCGCGUCAUUCUUCAGAGAUUGACGGGCAAUCAACGAACAUGACACGCUUGUUGCGACAUCUCUGCUUUAAUCGAGAUGCGUGUGGCGGGUCCAUGGAUUAAUGAGAUACGAGGUGCGAAGCGGUGGGCAGGGGAGAGGGGAUGGAGGGUGGAGAGGGAUACGGAAAAUACCCCAGGAAACGAACCAAAGGGGAAAGCAUAGAGUGUCUUUCUCUGGCAUGCAUGAAGGGUUUCUUCAGGGCUCAUUUUAUCAUGUUUAUUUGGCACCUCGCAAACACUCUUGGCAAGGCGGCGUUUUCGAGAGGAUAGAGGCAUUUUUUGGCUUUCCUGGGCCGGCGGCUCGCUCUGCUGCCUGGAUCUCUCCUGUUUUUCUUUUUGAGCGAAUGGACCGGGCAUUAUGGAAGUCGCUUGUUCUUGUGCUUGGGUGUCUCGGGAAUCUUCGAUUGCGUCGAUUUAGUCUGGCGGUGAAUCAGGCCGACAGAUCUCGUCUGACCCGUCCCCCCCCUCGAGGAAUUAUUUCGUGAUGGUAGGCCAAGAUGAAUCUUGCGAUUGCAUUAGACAGGUCACCUCC